UCAUAGGGUGAGGUGUGCUCAGACUUUGCCCGUAAACAAGGAAGCGAAAGAAAACUUCAUGAUAAACUGAAAACUGUGGACUUGUAAUCGAUAAAAAUAUUCCUAUGUUCAGGGCAUAGAAAGAAGAACUGAACUAUGCAAAAAUAUAAUUUGCUGUGAGAAAGAUUACGCCGUUGAAUAUUCGAUUUCACUCCCAGAACGUUGCUCGUGACAUUUGAAUUUUAUGGGGUGCUUAACGCCCUCAACGUGGGCCAUUUUCGAAGGAAUUUAGCCAGACCGACGUGAUCGCGGAUGUUUACUCCAAUGCCAAUAUGAGACAGACGCUCGAUCAAUGAGUGAAAGUUCCUGCAGAUAGAUUGUGGUCAGAGUUUUGUUUAAAAAUUUUAUCAAAAUCAUUCAUUUAACACGUGUGAAAAAUGUUUGAAAGUUAUUCGUUUAUUUCUAACCGGGCUAAGACUCUAAAGAAUAAGAUAAGGGACAAAUGUUAUUUAUAAAUCAUAUUUUGAAACUAAUGAUCGGAGAGCCUUUUACAGCCACCGUUUUCCGCCAUAUGAUCACAGUUUUAUUAGUAUUCAAGUAUAUUUUGGAAUACACUGUUUUCAAAAUACCACACUCAAGAAAACACCAUGAAAUCAAAGCUUAACUGAAUUCAAAAUAAAAAUGCAAUUCGAAAUAUUAAAAGGAAUCUCUAAGUUAUCCGAAUCAAAUUGAAAUAUUCUCGUCAUAUGUAAGAUCGUGAUUGUAUUUAGAGCCUAUCGCACUACUGCCAGCAUUACUGAACGUUUCAAUUGCCUUGUAAGCUUUGAUUUUAUGUACAAGUGAUUCUUCUUGCCAUGGAGAUUAGUCUUCCACUAGUUCACGUAUUCACUACUUACAAAAAUUAACUUUUCACUAAAAUAGUUGCAGGAAAGAAGUAAAUGAAAAUAUAAAAGUUAGGAAGCGAUGGUAAUCUUGCUAUUCAAAAAAUAAUAUCACCAGGUAGCGGUGUUCAAGGAAGAAAAUGAAAACGUUUCAGACAAUUUCAGGAUUUCAAGUUUUAUCUUUUCACCAAAAAACAAUCCUUUGAGAUCGUUCCGGCGAUAGGAAUCUGGCGCCUUGUAUCUUUACGAGGAAUAUUACCGUGGUCACGUCACACAAUGAGAUCGUGCAAGUAUGACUCACUAUACACAGACUCACCGUCUCCUCUGGACGAUGACAAGCAGAGGGCAUCGUCGUCACCGACGUACCGCGACGUUUCUCACUCGGACGUCGGCAGACCGUACUCAGCCUCGCCCUCAGACCUGACCAAGUCAGAGACAGACUUAAGCGACGAGUCUGACCAGGACCACGUGCCUCACAUCCUAGCUCCGUGUUCAAGUCAGGAGUCGAGUCCAGCAAGCUUGAGCCACACAAGAGCUUGUCUCCUGUGGGCCUGUAAAGCCUGCAAAAGAAAAAACGUAACAGUCGACCGACGAAAAGCUGCCACCAUGAGGGAGAGAAGACGAUUGCGUAGAGUAAACGAGGCAUUUGAAAUUUUGAAGAAAAGGACAUGCAGUAACCCGACUCAGAGGAUGCCAAAAGUUGAAAUUCUGCGCAACGCCAUCGAAUACAUCGAGUCGCUGGACUACAUACUUCAGAGCGCGGCGACCACGGAGGCCGACUCAGACAGUUUGUCGGAGACCAGGGCUUCGACAGCGUCUUGUACGGACGUGCCAGGCAGCGGCCACACUGAUAACCUCAUCAACGAUCCCAACUCAGCCAGCUACACUCAGCCUAUGGAUGGAGGAGCCUGCGCAAGUCGUCUCCCUCGAGUGGCAGGCGACCUGCUGCAGGGUAGCGGCCUGGUGACGUCGAGCCUGGACUGCCUCUCCCUCAUCGUCGAGUCCAUAAACCCUGUCACUUCAUCGUCUUGUAAAAACGAUAGUCUGCUUCAAAAUCAAGUUCAUAAAACAAGACAGAAAACCAUUACUAUCUCAAAAAUUUCAGAAGACGAUUCCAAGCAUAAAGUAAAGCGCGAUCCUAAACGUAACAUAGAAAUUGAAUCGCCCUUAAAACAGAGCACUGCUUGCAAAAUGUCUAUCGCAAGUUCUUGCGCAAAUAUGGCCAUGAGAUCAGAAGGAAUUGAUGAAACAAGGUUUGCUAAUAACUUUCCAGAUCAAUACACGGUUCAGUUCCAACAAUACCAAGGAUGUAAUGACGAUUCAGGCUGCUUGCAUUCUCAGUAUAAUGCCAGUGUAGAGUUUAGUCAAGAAAAUUCUUUGUAUGAUCAGAGUGACAAUUUUUCUGUGAGUGAGACUUCCUUAUUGAUGGAACAACACCAAAAUAAAAUGAAUCUCAUGACAAUAACUGCUAACGAUCAAACAUGAAACAAAAUUUUAUUUUUUUUGGAUCGUUACGAAGUAAUUUCAGAAAAUUUAAAAUAACUCAUCGAUGAAUACAAGAGCUACUUUUUUGUGUUAUUCAUGCGUAGUUUUGACCUAAAGGAGCUGAAGUAAAAUAUUGUGUUACAAUUUCACGAAAGGAAAUUUUACGUUCGAGACGUUUAAAUAGUUAUUGUUCCUAUUUAAACGGCUGUGAACCGGAUGCACUAAGAGAGAAAAAAACUGACGAAGUACUUACGUCAGUUUGAAGAUUGUAACAAUCAAGAGUUAAAUAAUCAUUAAGGAAGAAUAAUAAUUGUGAUCAUAUAAUUUAAUUCGAAAUUAUGUGCUAUGACAUAGGCAGAAACGAAAAAUUAAAUUAGACUUAAAUUUAAUUCAUUGGUUUGAUUGUUACACCACUUCAAAUGAUGCGCAUUAGACAUUGGUUUAAGUUCUGUGGUACCAUUGAUAAUCAAUAAUGAACCAUUGAAAAUCAAUGGAAAGCCGUUGAAAAUCAAUGGUAAAUCAAAACCAUUAAUCAGCCAAUGAUUCAACAUGAUAUAUCAUUGAUAUAAGUCAUAAACUUAAAUAAUUAGUUCCAGUGUUCAGACCUAACCACUAGUGCAAGAAUAAAGUAAACAAGAUUUACUGUCAUGUGAAUUUUCAACGGUGUAAAAAAAUCUUCAUAUAUUGCAAGAAAAAGGCGCGAUUCGAACUCAUUAGCAUGGCUGAUCGAGUCAGCAGGGAGAUGGUUAUUCAAUUGGCAACAUUGAUUAUUUUACUUAUUGUUUACGACUUUUAAAAAUAUUUUAAUGAUGAUUCGUCAGAAGUAAUUCAGUGAGCGCAAUUCAUAAAAUGCAGCAAAAAUGAAAUGCUAAUCCAGACUUUCUGAGAAAAACCUGCCAUAAGUUCAUGAAACGAAAUACUGUAAGUUGAACUUUUCGAAGAACCCCCACGGAAGACUUGCUCAACUACCCUGUUUUUAUUCAACGAUAAAGCUGGAUUGUAUCAACUCUGAGUUUGAUUUGGCUUAAUUGUUAUAAAACAACUGAAAUUGCAGUCUGUUCCUAAGAAUUCACUGACGUUUACGAAGCCUAAUUUUUUCUUAUGACCGGAUUUUUCAGCUAGUGACAUCUUUUCUUUCAAGACCCGAGAGUGAAGGUCUUUUUUCGUUAAUAUUUUACUGUCUUGCUUCAGGUUGUGGUGUACCUUAGGAGAAAUGCCUAAAUAUAUAGAUAAAUAAAUAAAUGAGUACAUCUAAAAUGUAAAUACAAAUAGGAGUACAUUAGCAUUACUAUUUGCAGUAAUUCAAAUGAUCCACAUGUGUAAUAUAUUGAACCAAUGUUU